CAUUGUGAAACUAAAAUUCAAUCAGGAAACAUGGCUCCUGGACAUAUCAUUGAAAAUUCUGAUAAUUUAAAUUAUUUUAUAGAAAAAGCGACAAGUGAGAAGAAUACAACAGAAGAUUUGGCUCUUAUUAUGGACAUAGUUGAUAAAGUAAAAGCCACAUCCAAUGGACCAGCUGAGUGUUUGAAAUCUAUUGUCAAAAGACUAACAAAUAAACAUCCACAUGUAGCAAUGCAAGCUCUAACGUUAUUGGAUUAUUGUGUAAACAACUGCGGGCAUAAAUUUCACUUGGAAAUAGCGUCAAGAGACUUCGAGAAUGACUGUCGUAACUUAGUUAGUGGGAGCAAGACUCAUCGAAAAGUUGCUCAGAAAUUAAGAUUUUUGAUUAAAAAGUGGAGCGAAAACGAAUUUAAAAAUAAUUCGUCUUUAAGUUUAAUUCCAUCUUUGUACGAGAGUCUAAAGAACGACGGACAGGAUUUUCAUGACCCCGACGAGAAACCUCAAUCUACAAAAGAAAGGCAAAGCGACUUACAAAAGAAGGAAAUGGAAGACUUGAGGAAAGCUAUGGAAGAAUCAAUGAAAAUUGAAAAUCAAAAGAAAAAUCAAACGAGUGCUCCAAUUUCCUCGUUAUAUCCUUCUUUUAAUACACCUGGUGCACCAACUGCAACUGCUCCUGCUCCUACUACAGCAGCAGCAGCAGCAGCUGGCGAGGAUCGCAAAGUUCGAGCGGUAUACGAUUUCGAAGCGGCAGAGGACAACGAGUUAACUUUCAAGGCUGGCGAAUUGGUAAUUUUAUUGGACGAUUCGGAUGCCCAUUGGUGGAAGGGAUCAAAUCACAGAGGCGAAGGACUUUUUCCGGCAAAUUUUGUAUCCAAAGAUAUAAGUGAACUGGUCUCUGAAUCUGGUUCGGGAAAUACAAAAAAAUCUGUGUCGUUUAAUGGUGAAGUUGAAGUUAAGCAAUUCGAAACGGAAGGUCAAACAGCUGAUUCAAAGACAAUUGAACAACCCACUCAAAUUGAUGAAGGAACAAUUGAUAGAGCUUUAUCGCUUUUACACGAUGCUGACGCAGGCCCUGACGGUGUUGAUACAGAUGAACUAACUGAAACUGAAGAAAAGAGCAAGAUGAUGACUCCCCUAAUAGAUAACGAAUUAGAAGCUGUUGAUAGACGAUACAAUGCUCUUUGUGAACUUAAUUCAACGGUUACAGCUGCUAUGCAAUUGUACCAUCAUUUAAUGCGAACGGCUCCUAGGCCUGGAGCUUUCGGUGGAAAUGUUCCUACUCAACAAUCGCAGCCACCAAAUCAAGUUGCACAUGCUGUUCAAAAUGUUCCUGCAGGUCCCAAUAGUGCAUAUUUUCCUCCACCUCAACAGCCGCAACACCAAAAUAUGGAACAACAACAACCGCAGUCAUUGAACUAUGUUCCUCAAGCAUCAAUGCCACCAGGGGGUGGUCAGUCGAAUAACUUUUCACCUCAACACCAAUAUUCGUCCAUGCAAACGCCGGCAAACUUAGAACCCCAACAUUCGAUGCCGCCCGGAGCUUUUGUCCAGAAUCCUGUGGCAUCACAGCCACUUCUCUAA